GGUCACACCCGAAGUUCUACCUUUCCUGCGUUGCCCACAUGUGCAUAUAAUACGUGCUAAGCGUAUUUAAUUUUUUUCGUUUCAUGCACAUGAAAUAUUCAGCAACGUAGAGCAACAGCUGCAGUGCCGAGGAGAGAACUUGUGAUUGCGGCCCACUCUGUUCCUAUCGUCAAACAAAUACAUCCUAAUUCGCUAACUUGUUGGGACGGACCAUGAAAACAACCAACCUCGGCCUGUACGCUUUCCGUUUAACCUUCGGUCAGGCGCCGUCGCUGUCCACACAGGCAACGUCGCACUGCAGCCAUGGAUUCACCACCAGCUCUUCGGCACCAAACCGUGUGGUGACGCGCUCUGCAACCAUGCUGGCGCUUUUUGGCAUCGCCCUGUCCUCAUUCAGCCUGAAGCAGCUUCUCGCCAAGAAGCAGAAACACCAGGGCCUCCGCAAGCUCUAAGCUAAAGCAGAAUGGGUAUCUAGCCUAGGUAGAGCGGGAGAAGAGCCGCUGCGAUUAGGCCAUGUCUUGAAGCCGCAUCCGACUCACUCAUCACCCACCAUCAUAUGUAUAUUUGCCUAUUUUAAGCCAUUCAUCACUCAAACACACAAUCGGAUCAGGCACGCAGCAGGUGCCGGGCAUGUUCAUUUAUUUUAAUUUGCUUGUUGAUUUUAAGACCCAGGCAGGACAACUUCUCGGGUACAUACAUAGAUGUAUUUUCUUGAUUACACAUGCACACCACUCGCUCGCAGCGCCAACUAAAAGGAAUAAUUUGUGAUAAAUCUUAUAUGAGUGUAGCCAAAACAUGGCAAGCUAAACAGAGGUCGGAAACAAAAAGUCGCUAAAUUUAUGAAAAUCCCAAAUUAUUAUUAAACUUUUAGUUAUGUAUAGUUUGUGUAUUUGAGUCUAUCAUAUAUGUAUAUUUAGUUACAAAAUUGUAAACAGAACAGAGAAACGACUAAGAAGGAAUAGAAACAUUAAUGACACCGACGGAUAUAAAAUCGUGGGGCACUCUUCGUGCACUUUGCGUGAAACAGUAUCCAAUAAAUCCAAGAAACAAACUAGUUAUAGUUAUAUAUUCAAAUAAAAACAUUAUAUUCAGCUGGAAA